AUGUCGCGCUUCACUCCAGAAAAUCCUUCUCCUUUAGUUCGAGGACCUUUAACACGAUCUAAAGACAGAGUAAGAUCUAAAACACCUCUGACACCUCUCCAACAUUUAAAAAAGAAAUUUGAAGAAGAAUUACAAUUUAAAGUAAAGAAAGAUGAUGAGAUUAGUCCAAUUUUAUACAAUCUUAGAAAUACUCCAGUUAAAACAUUAAAAGAGAAACAGAAGGUAUUGGCUAGGAAACAUGAAGAAGUGAGAAAGAGAAGUGAUAAUGUUAAAGUUGGUGGUGGUGUGUCUCUGUGGCCAGAAAUGGAAAACAUGAGAUUAAGACAUGAAGAAAUCCUACAGUUAAUUUUCACAUCUCUUUUACUGGUUUUACUACUGGCUAUUGCCUUCUAUAAGUUCCAUGGUUCAUCACUAUCCAGUUUAAUAAGUUAUACAGAAGAAAUUCAUAAAUUCUCCAUGAUACACCCUGUUGAUACAAGAAACAAUAACAGUUUAAAGAUGACUUUGUUAGUCUGGCAUAAAAACUACAGAAUAUUAAUAAGAAAGAUUGAGAGAGAGUUUGAUAUGACGAGACUAUCCCCACCCUAUCAGAUGUUUUUAUUAUUAUAUAUAUCUGCCAUCUUGUUACUGGUAUAUUUCCUUAUUGAUAAUGUCUUCAGUAAAAAUAAACUUUCACCUAGAAGAAUUAAAAAUUGGGUGAGAUUACUAAUAUUAGUAACAACAUGGUCUGUUUUAAUAUCUUACUGGUUAAUCUGGGCUUAUAGACUUGAACAAUCAGUACAUCAUAAUAUAAUCCUUAUAACAGAUGUUUUGGGAGAUGUUAUUGAUAAAGAUUUAGAUGUAGAAGUUUUAAACAAUGUGAUAUUUUAUUGGAGGACACGAUUGUUACCUCCCAGUGGGCGGAGCCUUAUUUUAAUAUUAGGUGUAUUACCUGUCAGUGAUGUUAUACAUUAUCUACAGUAUUAUAGUUUACCUAUAUUAACUGUUAUUCUAACACCUAUAGUUAAACUGAUACUAGCACUCUCACAAAUAUACUCUUGGAAAAAAAUUAUAUAG